CCUUUCUUUUGUGGAAUGUACAUUUAAGGUCACAGGAAACAUUCAUUAAUUCGUUACAUUAUAUAAAAAUUCAGUUUGUUUUUAAAUGGUUUUUAAUUAUUUGCCUGAAAUAAACAAAUCCUAAGUGAUUGAUGAUUGGGAAAACUAUCAACUAAAAUAUUAAAGCUCUUUUGUUUGGUCUUAUAAAGAAUGCAUUAUACACUAAACUGAAACUUUCCUCCUAGUUAAAAUAGUAAGUUAAUAGUUUAAAUAUAUUAAGAAAAGUAAAACUCAUUUGUUUUAAAUUGCUAUUUUGCUCAUUUGUUUUGUCAGCAUCGCUUAAUUUAAUGUAAUUUUCUGUUUUUACUGUCAAUUUAAUUCAGUUAUACAAAUUCUGUAAUUGAUAUUACAGAAUUAUCUCAUAAUUUAGUGGUAAUUAAGUAAUUAUCCUUCCUUUGUGCACACUAAUACUCCAAUCAUUACACGAUUUUGGAAAUGAGCAGAUUAUAAAAGUGAUCAUAUAAGCUAUGGAAAUUGGAUUAAAUGUGUCAAUAUAUUAUUAAGCCUAAGCAGAUGUAGAUGAGCUACCUCGAAAGCAAGAAACACACUAGACCUAAAGAGGCCGUUUGCAACUUUUGGAACCUACUCCUCUUCUUUUGAAAUUGCAAUUAAAACACAGAAAAGCCUUCCUCCUCCUCCUCUUCCUCCAAACCAACCAACCAACCAGCCUAUCCAACUCAUGCCACUCUGUCCACUAAAACUACAUAUGAAAGUAUAAAGUAUAAAGAAUACACACCAAUCAGCCAUAACAUUAAAAUCACCUGCCUAAUAUUGUGCAGGUCCCCCUUGUGCAACCAAAACUGCUCUGACCCGUAGAGGCAUGGCCUCCACAAGACCUCUGAAGGUGUGCUGUGGUAUCUGGUUAUCUGGUGGUAUCCAGUUGUCCUUCCUUGGACCACUUUUGUUCUAUCCGGUGUGUGCUGAUGGAGUGAUGCUGUAGUAUUAGCAGUAGCAAUAGCCAAGGUGCCUCUUCCAGUAGCUGUGUUGCAUCUGCUCCUGCCCCACCAAAAUCUGUUUCCCCUUCCUUCUGGAGCUUCAACAGUAUAGCCAUGGUGGAUGUAAACAAAUGGCCCCUAUUCAGCUUAAUGAGUGCACAGGAUGUCGCCUCAAUACGUCAGGCGUGCGUGUUUGGGACGUCCGCCAACGAGGCAAUCUGCAUCACCCAUGAUAACGAGGUGUACGUGUUUGGGCUGAACUGCAGUAACUGCUUGGGCACAGGGGAUAGCACAAGCACCAUCGUCCCUAAAAAGCUAGACUGUCUGAGUGGGAAGAAGGUAGUCAGUCUAAGCUAUGGCAGUGGGCCACAUGUGCUGCUCGCUACAGAGGAGGGCCAGCUGUACGGGUGGGGACAUAACGGAUACAGUCAGCUGGGUAAUGGGACUACCAAUCAGGGAGUGUCUCCUGUGCUUGUGUCCACUAACCUGCAGAACAAAAGGGUGAUUGAGGUGGCUUGUGGAUCACACCAUUCAGUCGCCCUGUCCCAUGAUGGAGAGGUGUUCGCUUGGGGCUAUAAUAACUGCGGUCAAGUGGGAUCAGGAUCCACAGCCAACCAGCCCACACCUCGCAGGGUCUCCAGCUGCCUCCUUAACAAAGUAGUGGUCAGCAUAGCCUGUGGUCAGACUUCCUCCAUGGCAGUCACGGACAACGGCGAGGUGUAUGGUUGGGGUUAUAAUGGUAAUGGACAGCUUGGGUUGGGGAACAAUGGAAAUCAGCUGACACCGUGCCGUCUAGCAGCGCUACAGAGUGUUUGUGUCCUACAGAUUGCCUGUGGUUAUGCCCACUCACUGGCACUAACAGACGAGGGACUGUUGUAUGCGUGGGGAGCCAACACUUAUGGCCAGCUUGGUACAGGCAACAAGAGCAAUCAGCUCAGCCCAGUUCAGGUCAUGUCUGAGAAAGAGCGGAUUGUGGAAAUAGCAGCAUGUCACUCCACACACACCUCAGCAGCGAAGACACAGAGUGGCAAAGUGUAUAUGUGGGGCCAGUGCAGAGGCCAGUCCGUCGUCUUACCCCACCCCACGUACUUCAGCUGCACCGACGACGUCUUCGCCUGCUUCGCAACACCAUCUGUCAUGUGGAGACUCCUGUCCAUGGAGCACGAUGAUUUCCUGUCUGUGGCCGAGUCUCUGAGGAAAGAGUUUGACAGCCCUGAGACCUCAGACCUCAAAUUCAGCAUAGACGGCAAAUUCAUUCACGUCCACAAAGCAGUGCUUAAAAUCAGAUGUGAACACUUCAGAUCCAUGUUUCAGUCUCACUGGAAUGAAGAUAUGAAAGAGGUGAUUGAGAUCGAUCAGUUCUCCUACCCUGUCUACAGAUCCUUCCUCGAGUUCCUCUACACAGACACUGUAGAUCUUCCUCCAGAGGAUGCUAUUGGAUUGCUGGAUCUGGCCACUUCAUACUGUGAGAACAGGCUAAAGCGGCUGUGUCAGCACAUCAUAAAGCGGGGCAUCACUGUGGAAAAUGCUUUCUCCCUCCUUUCUGCUGCAGUCAGAUACGAUGCUGAGGAUCUUGAAGAAUUCUGCUUCAAGUUUUGUGUGAACCACCUGACCGCGGUGACUCAGACAGCAGCGUUCUGGCAGAUCGACGGGAACAUGCUAAAGGAGUUUAUCUGUAGAGCCAGCCGCUGUGGAGCUUUUAAAAACUGAACAUAACCAACAGAGCUACAUAUUCCAAUGAGUGCAGCUGUUACUACAAACUCAUCUGCACCACUAGAGGGCACUGUUACUAACCGCACAGUGGAUCCUUAUAUUUUUUUGUUUGAUUUUAUUUUGCUUUAUUACAGAUUUCUACUAUAGACCAACUGGAGAAUGGUUGCUGUUGUGCAUUCCCACGGCAUGAAGGAGUUUUUAUGAAGGCUGUUUGAAAUCAUCUUGAUAGGUGCUCUGUAUGAAUAUCGAGAAAAUGACUAGUUUUUCCACUACACUUUACAGCACUUGGUUUGUGUAUGCCAGUUAGGUCAUCUUCACCUCUGUUACAGUUAGAGAAGCGCAGUCCGUCAGUGCUACUCUGUUUAACUCUAUAAUCCAUUCUGGCAUUUCAAUUUAAUUUACAGCUGGCGGUGUAGAGUCACAGUAAUGUUCUCACACAUUUGCUGGCCUUGUUCGGCUUGUUUGUACUGUGGUGGCAACUGAAUAACACUUUGUUAUUAUAAUUUUUUUGUUUUUGUAACAAUGUUUGGAUCAAGUUGCUAUACUAUGCAUCGUUGCACAAAAUUUUUUGCCCCCCAUUCCAAUUGGCAGAGCCAGGGUUUACAUUACAGGGGAGAUUAAUGGGUGUUUUCUCUCCUGAUUUGGUGCAGCUCAGUUAUUCAUUUCAUAUAUUAUAAUCAUGUGAUCGUGGAUGUCACUCCAAUUGGUGCACCUCCUCAUAUCUACUGCUCCAGAGUUAACCAUGACACUUGAGUGAAGUCUUUAAUUUCAGGGCAUUCCGUAUAGAGAGACAUGCAGCACUACCUGUGUGUGUGUGUGUGUGUGUGUGUGUGUGCUUGAGGAAAUCCACUUAGAAUUUUUUUAUGUUUGGUUUUUUUUAACCAGGAAUUCUGUUUACUUGUUACUAGUUGUACUUGUAUUAAGUUUUAGAAUGGUCAAUUUAAAUUUGUUUCAGCUCUUAAUCUGUGUUCAUAUAAUUGGCUUUUUUCCCCCCUACAUGAUCCUUUCUAGUAUAUACUAACUUGCAUAGAAUUUCCUUUGACUGAGAAUUUUAGGCAAACGAGCAGUUGGACCCAAAGAUGCACAUUAAAGAUCUAAAAUCAGAUCAGAUUAUCAGAUUAAAACUCCUGAUUUUUAAUUACUAUACAGAUAUCAGAAUGCUAAAUAAGAGCUGAAAGGUUUUCAGUACUGACCUCUUUGCUCAUUAAUAACUGCAAAAGACACUACUUUUGCUAUUAUUUUCUUCUGCUAAUGAUUUGCUUAAGACCUAUUGAUCCUAAAGGAACUUUGCAUAAAAAGAAAAUAUGACAUAUGAUCAGGUUAUUGUGCCGUGCGAUGGAUUGGCACCCUGUCCAGGGUGUACCCCACCUUGUGCCCCAUGCUCCCUCAGAUAGGCUCCAGGUUCCCCGUGACCCUGUAGAAUAAGCGGUAUAGAAAAUGGAUGGAUGGAUGGAUCAGGUUUUCAAGUACAGCGAGUCUACUUUGAUGCCGAUCGAGCGUUUCAGUUUGAUUUCAGUCAGAUGAUAAUACUCAGUACUGGAUCCAAUGCAUCUCUAAUUUACUUGCAUCAUUUUCAUUUUGUAUGUAUCAUUUUGCUUGUCAUUGGUUUAUGCAAAAAUGCUUGUUGUGAAUGUGUAAAGCAGCAUUAAGUUUCUUUUUGGUGAUAUGUAUAUAUUGUAUAGGUUUUGCACUAAACAUAAACUUAAGUGAUUUAAAUAAAGUGGUUUAUCAAGAGUGCAGUGUUGUAAGAUAUUAACUGUUAUAAAAAUAAAAUAAAACUAUUGUAAUAUUUUACAUUGUUGGUUUGUUUGCAGUUUUUUAUUAUUAUUAUUCAUUUGUCAAUAAUUAAUUUAGUAAUUUAAAUUGAAUACAUUUUGUAAGAAGUAAUUGACAGGAAAUAUUUAACUUGGGUAACUGCAUGUUUUAAAUGGUUUUGUUGAUAUGAACGUUGUUCUUGUGCAGGUCAGGAAAGGUAUAGAUUUAAAGUGAUUAGACCUGGAAAAAUAUGGACAUUCAGAAACCAUUUUAAGAAAGGUAUCAAUAUUCAGGGGCAAUUAUGGUAAUUAUGGUCCAGUUAUGUACUUUUAUUUUUAUUUAUUUAAUCUACACUGUCAGUUCCACCAGUUGUAGGACUGGCUAUCAGUUCCACCAGUUGUAGGACUGGCUAUCAGUUCC